GCGAGGCUUGGAGCCCAAAGCAAACAUCUAAACACUGGACGAGUGGCUACAGGAUUGCCCUGCAGGAGAAGCAGCUGGGGUAUGCCUCUCAUUAAGCGCUGACAAGAAGUCUCCUGGACCAGACCACUUGCUGUGAGCGAGUCCAAGGAGAGACACAUCAAAGCAAGGGCUUCCUUUCCCUCGAAACAGUGUUCUGAGGGACAGCAGCCAUGGGGGAGAAGUCUCACACAUGCCCAUACUGUGGGAAAGGCUUCCGGCGCAGCUCGCACCUGACGCGGCACCUCGCCAUCCACUCUGGGCUGCAGCGGCCCUUAGGUGGGAAACGCCUCGGGCAGCAGGUGCCAGAGGAAGACCGCCCGUACACCUGCAACUAUUGUGGGAAGUCAUUUGCCCGCAGCGCCCACCUAGCCCGGCACCAGGAGACCCAUUCGGGAGAGAGGCCGUACAAGUGCACCUACUGCGGGAAGGCCUUUGGGCGCAACUCCCACCUGACGCGCCAUCACAGCACGCACACUGGCGAGCGCCCGUAUGAGUGUGGGGUCUGCGGCAAGGCCUUCACCCGCAGCGCUCAUGUCACCCGUCACCAGGGCACACACACAGGAGAGCGGCCUUUCCGCUGCGUCCGCUGCGGCAAACGUUUCACCCGCAGCGCUCACCUCCAACGUCACCAGGGCAUCCAUAGUGGGGAUAAGCCUUUUUCCUGUGGUGACUGUGGGAAAGGGUUCACACGCAACGCCCACCUCGAGCGCCACCGUGCCACUCACUCGGGCGAGAAGCCCUUCAAAUGUGCCAGCUGCGGGAAAGGGUUUGGGGCUGCCUCCCACCUUGUACGGCACCAGAGGACCCACAAGGUGUAGCUGGCUGGGACUGCUCCUAGAUCCAUCCAAACCUGGAUUUAGAAAU